CUGAGGCUCAGAGUACAGCCUGGAGGAGAACCCAUAAGGGUCAUCCUCUAUAACGCGAACUGUUUAUAUGAAGUCAGCUACACCUUGAGUUAAGUGAGUUUCUUUGGCGAAUGGACUGCUGAGUUCCAUAGCCCAGUGUUCCAAGAUUUCUUAUUGCAAAGACCUGUGGAGUUGGAAUAAGCUGGUUGGUUUGGCCCAUAUAGACAGAUUGCUCAAGGCCAACACAGCCCCAUACUGCUUUUUUGCAGGGGCUGGAUUUCUCUUGAUAGUCUAAACUACAGAAAGGCCAAAUCUCCACUUUUAUGGUGUCCAAAUUCAACCUCACACGUCUCUCCUCGUGAGUGAGAAAAAAAAAAAAAAAAAGCCUUCUGCGUCCUUUUCUUAAAUCAUUUCUUAUGUCCUAAGAAUUGGAUCUCCUCACAAAAUGGCACCCUAUCCUGUAGCAGGAACUCUGGGGAAUUCCCAUGGCCCAGUCAAUGCCCCUCCCAAAUUGUACUGUUGCAGUCUUGCAGUGACAAUAUUAUCAGUCUGCCCUUCCAGAUGAAGAAAUUGAGGUACAGAGGCUCCAAGUCCUGCUUCCAGAGGUCCACCUCCGGCAAGGACUGCAUUGCAAAGGCCUGCUUUCAGGUCUUCAGAAGCCUCCAUGGCUUCCCCACUGGGCCGCAUUCCCCACUGGAGAUGCCACAGCAGUGUCUGUGGUUGAUUCAUUGUUGGGGGCUGCUGAGGAUCCUGAUGAAUCCCCUCUCAUUAGUGAGAAGCUUCAGAACUAACUAUGAAGGGCACAGUCCAGCAAAUGGUGUGAAUUGACGGAUGGACCUCAAAGGUACCACUGUGCAGACUGGCUCCGUGCCUGCCUCAGCGGGCCAGGGCUGUUCUGGAGAAUAAACCACUAGGUCUGGCCCAAGGAUGGGGCCACGCUCCAGAGAAAUACCAGUAGAGCCCUGGGCUAGCAUUUUGCAAAUCGGGGCUUAAAAUGAACCCCAGUUUGGGGGAACGGUAAUUACAGCCCAUUGCACCCAGACCUAACUCUUUGGGGGAGAUGUGGGGGUGCAACUUUACAGGCGAGCAGUUGCCUUCGUGGCAUCUUGCCCCAAGGAAACAACAGCUUCCUUUUGCCCCAUGGCACAGCUGGCUGAAACAGUGAGCUCCCUUUCUCACCUGUUUUUUUGCAGAAGCCAGAUUGAGAAGUACGAGUGCCUGGGUUGUGAAUUCAUGGGAACUGGGGCUUUCUUCCCCUUGCCCAAAGCUUGCUCCUCCAGAGCAACACUCCCUCCUGGCAGGCAGAGUCCUGAGUGCAGGCACAGCCUCGCAGCCUGUGUGGCCUUUCGGCAAGUGAGGACUGCGAUAGUGCUUAAGAGAAACAUCAAAAUUGGAUAAAAAUUCAGGUUUUUUUUCCAAAGAACCAGAUGAGUCGGCUUGGAGGAGAGGUGAGGGGGGGCCAAGGGAGGAAUUGGUUCGACUCAAAACACUUGCUCUGGCCUAUUUGUGUUCCAUCCAAAAGAUGUUUCUUGGGGAAAGUUGCCAGUCUCUUAAAUAUCCCAACAGCGGCAGAAGAGCCCCAGGUCCUAGGCAACCUUGGGGAGGAGACCUUUUUCUCCUGGAAAAAUAAGCGACCAAGUUAGGGGAAGUCACCACCCUGAUGCCCUCCCAAGAGCGGCCUUGGUGGCCCUACCGUGGCAGCCCCAGGAGGCCGGCCCCGGCGCACCGAAGAGACCGCUGCGUCCACACCUCCUCCGGGGUGGCAGCCGUCCUGCCGCCUCCGUCAGGCUCACAGGCCGCCAACUCGGGAGUGCAGCCCGGGGAGAGGCUAGUGGUCACAGGCCGAGCUGGAUGGAUGGGUAUGGGGAGAGGGGCAGGACGUUCAGCCCUGGGAUUCUGGCCGACCCUCGCCUUCCUUCUCUGCAGCCUCCCGGCAGCCACGUCCCCGUGCAAGAUCCUCAAGUGCAACUCUGAGUUCUGGAGCGCCACAGCGGGCAGCCACUCCCCGGCCUCGGACGACGCCCCCGAGUUCUGCGCCGCUCUGCGCACCUACGCCCUGUGCACGCGGCGCACGGCCCGCACCUGCCGGGGCGACCUGGCCUACCACUCGGCCGUCCAUGGCAUAGAGGACCUCAUGAGCCAGUACAACUGCUCCAAGGAUGGCCCCACGUCGCAGCCGCGCCUGCGCACCCUCCCGCCGCCCAGCGACAGCCAGGAGCGCUCCGACAGCCCCGAGAUCUGCCACUACGAGAAAAGCUUCCACAAGCACUCGGCGGCCCCCAACUACACGCACUGCGGCCUCUUCGGGGACCCGCACCUCAGGACUUUCACAGACCGCUUCCAGACCUGCAAGGUGCAGGGCGCCUGGCCGCUCAUCGACAAUAAUUACCUGAACGUGCAGGUCACCAACACACCUGUGCUGCCUGGCUCGACCGCCACCGCCACCAGCAAGCUCACCAUCAUCUUCAAGAACUUCCAGGAGUGUGUGGACCAGAAGGUGUACCAGGCCGAGAUGGACGAGCUCCCGGCCGCCUUCGCCGACGGCUCCAAGAACGGCGGGGACAAGCACGGGGCCAACAGUCUGAAGAUCACCGAGAAGGUGUCGGGCCAGCACGUGGAGAUCCAGGCCAAGUACAUCGGCACCACCAUCGUGGUGCGCCAGGUGGGCCGCUACCUGACGUUCGCGGUGCGCAUGCCCGAGGAGGUGGUGCACGCCGUGGAGGACCGCGACGGCCAGGGCCUCUACCUCUGCCUGCGGGGCUGCCCCCUCAACCAGCAGAUCGACUUCCCGGGCCCCGGCGCCCGCAGCCCCGCGCCGGCCGCCGCGGACACCUUCCCCUACGAGGCGGCGGCGGCCAAGUGCAAGGAGAAGCUGCCGGUGGAGGACCUCUACUACCAGGCCUGCGUCUUCGACCUGCUCACCACCGGCGACGUCAACUUCACGCUGGCCGCCUACUACGCGCUGGAGGACGUCAAGAUGCUGCACUCCGACAAGGACAGGCUGCACCUGUACGAGAGGACGCGGGAGCCGCCGGGCCGGGCCGCCGCGCCCCGGCCGCGCCUGGGCAGCCUCGCGCUCCUAGCCCUGCUCCCCGCCUUGCUGCGGGCCGUGGCCUCCGCCUAGGCCCGAGGGCGCGCU